GAUACCUCCAAUCGCUAGAUUCGGUAAUCAGAAAGCAGUUACUAGUUUGACAUUUUUCUGUCUUUUCAUAACAACUUUUUUCAGGCUAUAUUUUGUCAUAAGGGGGGUAGGGUAGGUAAGACAUUUCCAUGCAUAUAAGCACGUCGCCAGGCCUGGAUAACAUUGUUCCAAGACAAGGCCUGGAUAACGUUUUUCUAAGAUGGUCGCCGUUUCUGUUGUACAAACCAGCCCUUUUGAGGACCAAAAGCCAGGAACCUCAGGGCUCCGUAAGCCUGUCUCAGUCUUCCAGCAAACCAACUACACGGAAAACUUUAUCCAAGCUAUUUUAGACGCGAUUCCAGCGAAAGAUCGUAAAGGUUGCACGCUUGUUGUUGGUGGCGAUGGAAGGUUUUUCAUGAGAGAUGCAGUUCAAACAAUCGUACGAAUGGCAGCGGCGAAUGAGAUCGGAGAGCUGGUCAUUGGACAGAAUGGAAUAGUCUCUACACCAGCCGUUUCUUGUGUUAUCAGGAAGAUAAAAGCACAGGGUGGUAUAAUCCUCACAGCCAGUCAUAACCCUGGCGGCCCUAAUGGUGAUUUUGGUGUUAAAUACAAUACUAGCAAUGGGGGUCCUGCUCCUGAAGGGGUUACCAACCACAUUUUCGAAUUGACCAAGACUAUGUCCCAGUACAAGAUUUGCACAGAUAUAACCGCAGACCUCACAGCCCUUGGAACCCAGAGCUGGGACAUUGAUGGUCGAAACUUCACUGUCAACAUCAGAGAUUCUGUUGAUGAUUAUGUCGCUCUUAUGAAAGAAAUCUUUGAUUUUGACUUACUGAAGCAAUUUCUUGGUGGACAAGAUGGAAAACCAGGGAUGAAUAUUCUAAUAGAUUCCAUGCAUGGGGUCACGGGUCCCUAUGUCAAGAGGAUAGUUUGUGGGGAGCUGGGAGCCUCUGAAUCCUCUGUGGUAAAUUGUGUUCCAUUGGAAGACUUUGGAGGCCACCACCCUGACCCCAAUCUCACGUAUGCUGCUGACCUGGUCAACAUCAUGAAAAAAGGAGAGCAUGGUCUAGGAGCUGCCUUUGAUGGUGAUGGGGACCGUAACAUGAUACUUGGCCAUAACGGUUUUUUUGUCACACCUUCUGACUCUGUGGCAGUGAUUGGGGAAAACUACAAAAGCAUCCCUUACUUUGUGAAAACUGGCAUCAAGGGUUUUGCAAGAAGUAUGCCAACCAGUGCUGCAUUAGACAGAGUGGCACAGAAGCUAGGCAUUGAGUACUUUGAAACUCCAACAGGCUGGAAGUUCUUUGGCAACUUGAUGGAUGCAGGCCGUCUAUGUCUCUGUGGAGAGGAGAGUUUUGGGACUGGUUCAGACCACAUCCGUGAGAAGGACGGUGUGUGGGCAUUUUUAGCCUGGUUAUCUAUUCUCGCCAAUCGUAAGAUGUCUGUGGCUGAGGUCUUGAAAGAUUUCUGGUCAAAAAAUGGCAGGAACUUCUUUACCAGGUAUGAUUACGAAAAUGUAGAUAACCAGGCAGCCAAUCGAAUGAAUGACAACCUCCGACAGCAAGCUUCAGAGGGGGCACUGAUCGGGAAAACCUACACGGGAGGGGAGGGAAAAUACCAGAAAAGUUACACUGUGCAGAAAAUGGAUGAUUUCUCAUACACAGACCCCAUUGAUGGCAGCAUCAGCCAGAAGCAGGGAGUGUGUGUGAUAUUCACUGACGGCUCUCGCAUCGUAUAUCGGCUGAGCGGAACCGGAAGUGUCGGAGCUACCAUCCGGGUCUACAUCGAAAGCUAUGAACCGGAUGUGACGAAACACAUGCUGGAUGCUCAGGUUAUGCUGAGACCACUGGUCGACAUCGCUCUUCGGAUUUCCGACCUGCAAGCACUCACGGGAAGGGAUGCCCCAACCGUUAUCACAUGACACUUCCAUGAAAAUGGGGCAUUGCAAGGUUUUAAAAAUACAAAUAUGUAUGUAACAGGCUUUUUAAUACCCUGGUCUUAGAGCCUCGAUCAUGCUAACUAAUAAGCAAACUCCUCGAAUCCAAAGCUUCACCGCCUAGAGCAUACCAGCGCUAGCAUGCUUAUUUAGGGCAUGGGGCCAGUUUGUCGUGAACAAUUUUUUUUUAACAAAUAAGUUAAAACUCACGAACAAACAAAAUGGGUGAAAACGUAAUAAUUAUAUGAUUGAAUCUAAGCUUUAUUUUUAAUUUUGAUCUAGUCCUUUAAAGUUAUUUAAAUAAAGAAUAUGGAUAAUAAA